UUGUUUUGCUUGGUAAUUGAUUCCAUAUUAGCCUAGCCUAGCCUGAGAGCCUCGGAGAGAUAUCACUGCUGCGCUUUCUCCAGCGUGGGCUGCAAGAGCACAACUUCAGAGAGUCAAGACACAACACAGCCGCCUCAUAAGAGCAGGAAACACGGGACACUUUAACAAUGACAACCAAGAAGCCGCAGAGUUUGCUCCGUGAAGCGUCUCAUCAGAUUAUAGCGGGAGGAUCCGCAGGUCUGGUGGAGAUCUGCUUGAUGCAUCCACUCGAUGUAGUGAAGACAAGGUUCCAGAUCCAAAGGGGAAACAGCGACCCAAACAGCUACAAGAAUUUGACUGAUUGCUUCCGGACCAUCUUCCGCAACGAGGGAAUCUCCGGUUUCUACAAAGGGAUCCUUCCUCCGAUUGUCGCGGAGACACCAAAGAGAGCAGUCAAGUUUUUCACUUUUGAGCAAUACAAGAAGGCGCUGAGUUUGACCCCUUUGUCUGCUGGUGUGGCGCUCUCUGUAGCAGGGCUCGGCGCAGGCUUGACUGAAGCAGUUGUCGUCAAUCCAUUUGAAGUGGUGAAAGUCAGUCUCCAGGCCAACAGAGACGCCUUCAAAGAGCAACCGUCUUCCUUCGCUCAAGCAAGACGCAUAAUUAAUGCGGACGGAUUCGGACUGAGGGGCCUGAAUAAAGGACUCACAUCGACGCUGGGACGCCAUGGAGUUUUCAACAUGAUCUACUUUGGCUUCUACUUCAAUGUCAAGGAUGCUAUUCCUACCAGCCCGGACCCUACUCUGGAGUUCAUGAGGAAGUUUGCUAUCGGCCUGGUGUCUGGGACCAUCUCUUCCUGCGUGAACAUUCCCUUCGACGUAGCCAAGAGUCGCAUCCAAGGCCCCCAGCCCGUGCCCGGAGAGAUCAAGUACCGCACCUGCUUCCAGACCAUGGCUCUGGUGUACCGGGAGGAGGGGUACCUGGCGCUUUACAAGGGGUUGGUGCCCAAGAUAAUGAGGCUUGGACCAGGUGGAGCAGUGAUGCUGCUGGUCUAUGAAUAUGUGUCUGGAUGGCUACAGAAGAACUGGUAACAAACCAAAAAACACAGAAAGAAACCAAAGAGAGUGCCUUAUGGAUUUUACCUCAUUGCCAAUAUUCUUAAAUGACUCUAACGUCAGACCAAAUUAGUUUUUUUGUUAGUUUGUUUUUUCUACAUUGAAUACACAAUUUUGCAGAAUAAUACCAACUCAGAAACAAUAUAUUUUAAAAUGAAGCUUUCUGGGUAAAAACGUAAUCAUCUAAGUUGCCUUCUCAGGAAUUAAAAACAGCUGCAAUACCAAUAUUGACAUUUCAAGAGGAUUUAACAGUGAGUUUUAAAGGACCUGAACACAUAUUUUCUCAAUCAAUUUUCUACUAUAAGUCCUACAAUAAUACAAUACUUGAAAUUAGGGCUGAACGAUUAAUCGAUUUUAAAUCGAAAUCCCGAUUUUAAAUUAUGCAAUUAUCAAUGCGCAAAGCCUGCGAUUUUUUUCUUUUAUUAUUUUUUUCUUUCUUCUUCUUGUGUGUCAGUCAUCCACACCAAUCAGAAGUGGCCCAUGAUAGAAGGUGAUAGACAGAUUGAUCCAAUCACCUGCCAAGUAUUUUUGAAAUACUUUUCCAAAUGGCUUCCAAUGGAGCUUUCCUAGAUAGUUUGGUGAAACCAUAUGAGUCAGGUUAGCAAUGCUCCAUCACAUGUUUUACAUCUAUUACAGGGUGAAUCUCAAACUGAAGCUCGACUUUAAAGCAACCCAACGGAAGUUUCAUGUAAGUUUAGUUCUUUCACUCGUAGCUCGGGCUGCGGGGCUGCUAGAGACGGGAGCAUGUUGAUGCGACCUUCCUAGUCGGAGAUAUGGCCACAUUUUACAAUAAACUUCCGUUGGGUCGCUUAAAAACAAAUAUCGCAAAUCGAAUCGCAAUAUCUGUCAGAAAAAUCGCAAUUAGAUUAUUUCCCAAAAUCGUGCAGCCCUAGUUGAAAUGCAAUACAGAUUUAGAACGGUUAUUGAUAUUUCACAUGUUGUGCUUUAUGUCAAUUCAGAGCUACACCUCAUGAGCUUUGAGUUGUGUGAAUGUUUGUUUUGGUGUAGUAGCUUAUUUAGUCAAAAAACGAAGUUAAAGUUACAUUGCUUAUUAUAGAAAACUGGCUUUCAGUGGGUCUAAUUUUAAGUUUCAAAUUAAAUACAACAUGAAGAAUUAAGUGAAGGCAAUUUACAAAGGAUUUACGAAAUAUAGUAUAGACUUUCAUUUUAUAGAUGCACAGUACAUGUUUUAUGAAUUAUAUGAAGAAACAAAGACUUACCGAGUUCACACGAGUCUCACUUCAAGAUGUUCCUAUACAAUACACACUUUUCGUGUUAACAUCUCCAUAUACAACAAUGUAUACGUGAUUCCAAAUAUAUACUGUGUUCGCGCCUAUAUUACUGAGCCUUACUGUAAUCAUUCAUGCAGGAAUACUUUCUUAUACAUUUCUACUAUAGGCCUAUUGCAGAACCUUUUUAAUGAAUUUAUUGUUGCAUGACUGAUCUUUUAUUUUCAUUUCUUAAAUUAGAUUAGUAUGAAAACUAUUAUUAGUAAGAAAUUGUGUUCACUUUUUCUCCUGAUGUGGAAUGUUAGCAUUUGUUAAAAAGUGACUUGAAAGAUUUGGUUAAAAAUAAAGAAAGAAUCAAAUUAAA